UGUUGAAUAAAUCAUUAAAUCUUUUUCUGUUAUUUAUCAAAAAUGUUUCACCCAAAAUAUUGACAUAACCCCUUCAGGCACAUGCAUUCUUUUGUGGCUUCCCAGAUAUUUCGUGGAACGUUAUUACACACACUCAUCUAUAGCCUGCGUACACCGUUAGCACAAAUUUAUCAUCGCUUCCAUGUUUCGUCGUCAUGGGACUUCUCAGAAACAACAAGAGCAGGAACAUCUUGAACAGCAACCUGAAAUUAAGGUCAACGAGCUGAAAUCGGCUAUUGGUCCACUUUCUGGGCGAAAUUUAUUAUAUUGUACUGAUGCAUGCUUGAAAAGAUAUCUGGAAGCUCGUAAUUGGAAUGUAGAGAAAGCAAAAAAAAUGUUGGAAGAGACCCUUACAUGGCGAUCUACCUAUAAACCAGAAGAAAUCCGCUGGGAAGAAAUUGCAGUUGAAAGUGAAACUGGGAAACUGUUUAGAGCAAAUUUUCAUGAUCGGUUUGGAAGGACUAUUCUCAUAAUGAAACCUGGAUUGCAGAAUACAACAUCAAUGGACGGGCAAAUUAGACAUCUAGUAUACAUGAUGGAGAACGCUAUCCUAAAUCUCCCAGAAGGGCAAGAAGAAAUGGUGUGGUUAAUAGACUUUACCGGAUUAUCUUUCAGCGUCAAUGUCUCAAUUAAAACCGCUCGAGACACAAUCAGUAUACUACAAAACCACUAUCCCCAGAGGCUAGCUAUUGCAAUUUUAUACAGUCCACCACGAAUAUUCGAAGCAUUUUGGAAGAUUGUUAAAUAUUUCUUGGAUCCGAAAACAUUCCAAAAGGUUAAAUUUGUGUACCCGAAAAAUAAAGAGAGUGUGGAGCUCAUGAAAUCAUAUUUUGAUGUUGAUAAUCUUCCAACUGAGUUUGGUGGAAAGGCGACAAUGAAGUAUGAUCACCAAGAGUUUUCAAAAUUAAUGGCUAGGGAUGAUGUGAAAGCUUCACAAUUCUGGGGGUUUGAUGAAAAGACGAUUCUGCCCCCUGAGUCUCUUGCUGAUCCUACGACACCAAAAGACUGCUAACUGCUGAUGUAGAAGGUAAAUAUAUAUAGUAACAAUAAUGGUGUAUGUAUACGUUAGAUGAAAUUAGAUCGAUGGGGGUAAAAUGGUCUAAAGGAAUUAUUACUUAAUGUAUUCAUAAUCACUUAAACUGUGACUUAAUUAUUGUAAGCUCUUGAUGGAUGAUCUCGGUCCAUGUAAGUAUCUAUAAAUAAUUUGGUUAUUAUUAACCAAUCUUAUAAUGUGAAUUUAUAAAUAUAUUUAUUUUUUA